AGCCGCCGAGCGGAGCCGCAGCUUUCCGGGGCGGCUGUCAGGGCCUCGGCGGGGGCGUCGCGGGGAGGCACGUGGCGCGGCGCGUCCUUGGCAGCUGCUGGCCCUCCGCUGCCGCCGCUACACAAAGGUGCACAAAAUCAGCUGACGGACGAAGACUGAGCGCCACCUUGGCGGCCACAGUAACCGUGGACCGGUAGCUGCAGCGUCCCAGAGCGGAAAGCGGAAGAGAAGAGGAAGAUGGAGAAUACAGGAGGAAGAGUCUUUGGGGGGAAGCGGAGCAGCUUCCCGGGUGGCCCCCAUCGUCUCCCGGUGGUGCAGAAGCUGGUGGAGUCCCGCGCUCAACUGCAGGAGGAGAAGCUGCAGCUGCAGCAACAGUUACGGCUGCUGCAGGAGAAACUGGCUGUGCGAGAGAGUGGCCCCAGCCCCCAGGCUGCGCAGCUGCAGAACAAGACAGAAAGCCUGAAGGACAGACUCCCAAAGCCGGCUCAUGAGAUGAAUAGGCUUCAUUCUACGCUGGGUGGGACGGACCUGGAGAAGCACAGAGACCUCUUGCUGGCAGAAAACAUGCACUUAAAGCAGGAGUUAAAGCUGUGUGAGGCCCAGCUGCAGGAGCUGAGGAAGCAUUCGGCCAGGUGCACCAACUGUACACACAGCCAGGAGAACGUAAAGUUGCAGGAGAAGCUGGCCCAAGUGAAGCAGGAAGCAGAAGACUUGAAGGGACGCCUUUCGGAGUUGGACCUGGAGGUGGAGCAGAAGACCAACCGCCUGGCGGAAGUAGAGCUGCGGCUGAAGGACUCCUUGGCAGAGAGGGCCGAGGAGGAGGAGCGGCUGAGCCGGAGACUGCGGGACAGCCAGGAAGUGAUAGCUGGCCUCAAGGCCCAGCCUCAUCAGGUCAAGUAUGUCAUCAAAACGAUGGAAGUUGAAUCCUCCAAGACCAAGCAGGCCCUCAGCGAAGCCCAGUCGCGGAACCAGUACCUGCAGGACCAGGUUGGGAUGCAGAGGCAGGUGCUGAAGGAGAUGGAACAGCAGCUACAGAGCUCCCAGAAGGCGGCGGCUCAGCUCAGGGCCCAGGUGACGAUGUAUGAAUCCGAGCUGGAGCAGUCCCGGGAGCAGAUGCUGGAGGAGAUGCAGAACAUGGAGGAGGACAAGAACCGAGCCAUCGAGGAAGCUUUUGCUCAAGCACAACUAGAAAUGAAAGCAGUUCAUGAAAAUCUGGCAGGUGUGCGGGCCAAUCUGCUCACGCUCCAGCCGGCACUUCGUACUCUCACUAGUGACUACAACAGCUUGAAGCGCCAGGUCAAAGAGUUCCCUGUCCUGCUACAAGAGGCUAUGCAGAGCGCCAGGGCUGAGAUUGGGCAAGCCAUUGAAGAAGUGAGCAGCACCAACCUGGAGCUGCUGAGAAAAUACCGAAAGGAGCUGCAACUCCGGAAGAAAUGUCACAACGAGCUGGUGCGAUUGAAAGGCAACAUCCGUGUGUUUGGCCGUGUUAGGCCAAUACAAGCAGAGGAUGGUGAAGGGCCAGAAGCUGUGGGUGCAGUGACCUUUGACCCUGAAGAUGAUGCCAUCCUACAUUUGAUGCACAAAGGGAAGCUGGUAUCUUUUGAACUGGACAAAGUUUUCCGUCCAGAAGCAACACAAGAAGACGUCUUCCGAGACGUUCAGGCGCUGAUCACAUCGUGCAUUGACGGUUACAACGUUUGUAUUUUUGCCUAUGGACAAACUGGGGCCGGCAAGACGUACACCAUGGAGGGAAGCCCGGAAAACCCCGGGAUCAACCAGCGGGCCCUGCAGCUUCUCUUCUCCGAGGUGCAGUCCAAAGCCCCCGACUGGAAUUACAGCAUCACUGUCAGCGUGGCUGAAAUCUAUAAUGAGGCGCUCAGAGACCUGCUUGGAAAGGAGCCGCAGGAGAAGCUGGAGAUCAGACUCUGCCCAGAUGGCAGCGGGCAGCUUUAUGUUCCAGGCUUGACCGAGUUCCCUGUCCACAGCGUGGAAGACAUCAACCAGGGAAGCUGAAUUUAGUAGACCUGGCAGGAUCUGAGCGUGUGGGAAGAUCCGGUGCAGAAGGGAGCAGGUUGCGUGAGGCUCAAUACAUCAACAAAUCGCUUUCGGCUUUGGGAGAUGUGAUCUAUGCGCUGCGUUCCCGCCAGUCCCAUGUUCCGUUUCGCAACUCCAAGCUGACCUAUCUCCUCCAGGAUUCCCUCAGUGGUGAAAGCAAGACCCUCAUGAUGGUCCAGGUUUCUCCGGUGGAGAAGAAUACGAGUGAGACACUCUGCUCCCUCAAGUUUGCUGAGAGAGUUCGCUCCGUGGAACUGGGCCCUGGCACUCGGAAGGCAGAAAUGGGCUCCUGGACCAGCCAAGAGCACUUAGAGCCACAGCUCUGUUUCCCUGUGGCUGCUUGUCUCCAGGUGGAGCCCCCUGCCGCCUUCCAGCCCUGCAUUCGAACCCAGCCGUCCCCUCGAACGGGGCGAUCGAGCUCCCUUCGGGCAAAGCCCCAGAGUACAGGGAAACCGAGACCAGUUCCUCUAUGAAAGCUGGUUGUUGUCAGGAAAGGCUCUUUUCAAAGAGGACUUUGGGGAACCACACUGGCUUUUCUAAAAAUGCACCUGGACUGGGACUACAGCACAGAUGCCCAGGGCUUUGGGCUGACCAGCCCUGUCCACUGCUGGCAGUGGAGCUGGGGGCUUGGAACUAUACAGACUUCAGGAGAGGAUCCCUUCCUGAUUGAGUUUUAACACAUUUCUUUUGAAAGAGAGCAGAGGCGGUGAACACAAACUUUGCUUUUAUGUACCCGUUCCCUUUCAUUUUUAUUUGAAUAAAAAUGUUGCGCCCAGUCAGAAUUCUUGGAAAUCCAGAAA